CUGUCGCUUCUUGUAUAAAACCGUCUUCUAUCUCGUUUUAGAUUUAUGUAGUAGCAUUCAUAUAGUUUUUGUGGCACAAUUUACAGAGCUGUGAUAAGCGGGAUACUAAUACUGAUAACAGUGUUUAGUGAUUUAGUAAAAUGUCAAUAUUAAUGCACGUCCCAAAUUUUCUGAUGAGAAAAUGUUUCCUGUCGGAUAUCAUAGUUUCUAACACGUACAGAAUUGGUGACUGGAACUAAUAAUUGUAUAUUGGAAAACAUAUCCUAUCAAAUCAUUUUCGAACUGCUACUGUUGGAAUUGGAUGCUGAAAUGUUGUUUAAACAUACCAAGCAUCAUCACUGAGCACCAUGACAAUCUUGAAAACAAACCGGAAUGGAAAAAAUACACAUUAGCAUGUAUAUGCGCUCGUACAUGUUUUUUUGCUGUCACUUUUGUGAAGCUUUCCGUGCUUUCACUUCAUUGUUAUUUGCUAUUAAUUCAUUUGAAUUUGGUCGUUUGUUUCUGCAGUAUAAUAAUCCCAACCUACUGAAACAAAAGCAUUAGCAUUUUUGAGUAAACUUGCUUCUGACCAACAAAUCUAGAGUAUGUUCAAAUAACAUAAAAUGGCGAGUGCCUAGGCGAGAGCAGGCUCGCUGUGAAAAUGCUAAUAAACUGUGCAAUGGGCAGUUUCUGAAAUUACAGCUUUUCAAACUAUUUACCUAUUACAGUUAUCAAACAAUCACUCAACUAAUCUUCCAAAACAACACGAAAACUAGACACUUAACUUUUCCCGCACCUUUUUUUCCGAAACAAAUUUGCGAAUGUUUAUUUAUGGACGCUGCAUCUGACUUAUGAAAUGUCAAAAGAUACUCAAUUCUUGUCCCGCUUUCGAAACGGUUAGAUGUCGGCAUAUCAUGAAUCACUGAUUUACUUUAUCGGAAGCUAGUGUCGACAGCGAUGAAGUUCUGAAAGCAAUUAUGGCAGCGGAAUUUCUGGCGGAGAAUAAUUUCUGCGGGCAGGCUAUACUGCAGAUCGUAGCCGAGGGUAAUACAAUUAUUUGUGAGCUGUUGCGACUGAAGGAAUUUAUACCGGAAGUGUUUUGCUUGAAGACCAAAGAUGAACAGCAGCGCUACGGAGAGCUGAUUAUGGAUUUCAGCUAUUUUCAAAUUGCUGACGCACGAGAAGCUAAAAUUGAGGUAGAUGACAAGCUACAAUAUCUGGACGAAGAAAUACGGGAUAAUUAUCUUUUUAUUUUGAACCGAUUUUACAUUGUCUUUGAAAGCAUUCAUAAAUAUGUGAAGGAUUUGAACACUUUCAUAGACGAACUUAGCUCGGGUAUGUUUAUCCAGCAAUCGAUGGAAAAAGUUUUCCAAGAUGGUGAAGGUAAACAAUUACUGUGCGAGGCCCUCUAUUUGUACGGUGUGAUGCUAUUAGUUGUAGAUCUGCAGAUUCCUGGCGUAGUCCGCGAACGAUUGCUUGUUUCCUACCACAGAUACAGUACACUGAAGACUGAUGGCGAUAGUAAUAUUGACGAAGUUUGUAAAUUACUUCGCUCUACGGGUUUCAAUGAGGGAACCACCAAACAGAAGAUGGUUUUGAACUAUCCAGAAGACUAUUUCAGCAGGAUACCGAUAAAUCCAACCUACGUAGAAAUGGUUAUAGGAAGACUCCGCUCGGAUGAUGUCUACAAUCAGAUAACGGUUUAUCCAUUGCCAGAGCACCGUUCGACCGCUUUGGCUAACCAAGCGGGAAUGCUGUAUGUUUGUUUGUUUUUUGCUACCAACACGUUGCAUAAUCAGGCGGCAAGAAUGCGAGAAAUUGUGGAUAAAUUUUUCUCCGACAACUGGAUAGUGUCUUUUUAUAUGGGCAUAACAGUAAAUUUGCUAAAUGCUUGGGACUGCUUCAAGGCCGCCAAAUCUGCUAUGUUUAACACAUUUGAUGCAAACAAUCUGAGAGAGAUUUGUGCCAAACAAAAGCGCUCGAUGGACACGUUACUCGGAAGAACAAAAAGCAUAUUGAAAGAGGGCACUCUGACGGAGCAGAAAUUACUGGAUAACAUUCCGAAGGUCACUGCUUUGAUUCGUGAAUGCAACAUUACGGUACGCUGGGUGAUGUUGCAUACGGGGCUGCCCAUCAUCGAAAAUGGCAGUCCAGCAUCGCUGAAAAAGUGUCAACAGGUGAAGACACUAAUUGAGAGCGAAAUCAACUUUGAAGGGAUUGAAUUUUUCGAACUUCUUUUGAAUACGGCACAAUUGGAGGUACGGAUUAGGGAAAUUUUGAAAACAAUACUGGAUGAACGCGUUCAGAGAUGGGACAAUUUCAAACAAGAAGCAUGCGAGCGUAUACAGGAUCUAGCGGACGCGUAUUCCGGUGCGAAACCGAUUGGAAAGAUGAAAAAGAAUGACAGUUUGAGCAAAUGGUUCUUAAACAUUCAAAAAGAAAUCACCGGUCUCAGUAAUGAAGAAGCACGCCUUAGCGUAUCAGGGCGAACAAUCAUUCAACUGAUUCAAGCUUUAGAAGAAGUCCAAGAUUUUCACGACCUCAAUAAAAACAUGCAAGUGAAACAAAAUAUGCUUGAAACUCGUCAAUAUCUGCAUCAAAUGUUUCACACUAUCAGCAUCAAAGAAGAUGAUCUGAUCAAUCUCCAGCUGAUUGGUGAUUUUAGUUACGCAUGGAGGCUUAUUGAUAGCUACGCACCAAUGAUGCAGGAAAACAUAAAAAAGCAGCCCGGUUUGGUGAUAAAAUUAAGAUCAACUUUUCUCAAAUUGGCUUCUGCUUUGGAAAUUCCUUUGCUGCGGCUGAACCAGGCGGAGAGUGAAGAUCUGAUGGAUGUUUCGAAGUACUACAGCAAUGAAUUGGCGAACUUUGUUCGAAAAGUAGUUCAAAUAAUUCCUGAGACUAUGUUCUCGAUUCUUGCUCAAAUCGUCGAUCUGCAAACCAACGUUAUCAAGCAAAUUCCUAUGCGGCUGGAAAAGGAAAAAAUGAAGGAAUAUGCCCAGCUGGAUGAAAGAUUCCAAAUUGCAAAACUAACCUAUUCGGUAUCCACCUUCACCGAAGGAAUACUGGCAAUGAAGACUACAUUGGUUGGAGUUGUCGAGCUGGAUCCCAAACAGCUGCUCGAAGAUGGAAUACGGAAGGAGUUCGUGAAGAAUGUGUCGGAUGCAUUUCACAACACACUGAUUUUCAACCCAAAAGCCAAAGAAUCCGAACUAGAGUCCAAAUUGGCAACUCUCCAUAAAAUAACGGACGGUUAUAAGAGAUCCUUCGAAUAUAUUCAGGAUUAUUUGAACAUCCAUUGUCUACGCGUGUGGAAUGAGGAAAUGCAACGAAUUAUGAAUUACAAUCUGCAGCGUGAGUGUAAUCCGUUUAUGAAAAAUAAAAUUCAGGAAUGGAAUUCGGAAUAUCAGAGUAGUACCAUACCGAUUCCAAACUACGAACCAGUUGAUAUGGCUUCUGUCACGUUUGUAGGCCGUUUAGCGCGAGAAAUUUUAAGAAUCACUGACCCGAGAACAACCACCUACAUCGACAUAUGUACCACCUGGUAUGACCAGAAGACCCACAAAAGUAUAUUAACUAACAAGUUUGCUAGCCGUGUAAACGAAACCUUUGGACCUCCGGGACUGGUCGGUCUAAAUAGGCUGUACUCUUUUCUGGUAACAAGUGAAUUGGAAAACUUUCUAAUGACCAUUCGACGUAAACUGCAACAGGAAGCGGCCUGGUAUGAUGCGCUAAGCAAUGUCGAAGCCGAGCUCCAAAAAGUCGAUUUUGUGGAAAACCCUGCGAAAACCUACAUAAGUCUGACUACCAACUUCACUCGUAUUUGGCCUCAGUUGCAAGAUUGGAUUCUCAGAAUUGGCCAGAAGCAAAUAAUUCGAAAACAUAUUGCUUCUGAGUUGAACUGUAGCUGCAAAUUGAAGUCCACUAAGCUAGAAUCGUCCUUGCGAGCGUUGAACGACGCUAUCCUUAUGGACGUUAAACGCCACACUCUGGAUGAGAACAAACCGCUACCCAGUGCCGACAUGAUGUUUGAACUGAACCAAUACAUGGAAUAUGCAGGCUUGUACAAUCCAUUUCGAAAAAAGUAUAUCAGCACGGAGAGUCCGCCGUAUUUAUCGCUUUUGGUGUUUCUGUUUGUAAUAGUGCAUUUGCCCCGUUUUCAGUACAUGAAAAAUGUUGAUAGCCUCAUAGCUAAAAAGAAAAAUGACGCCAUCGAUGGUUUUCCUAUGGUGAUGGGCCUGUUGACAAUUUUUCGCCAAUUCCAGAACGGUGAAACGGAUCUUUUUAUUCAGUAUACCUGUCAAUACGUUGCAUCACUAGUAGAUUUCAAUUUGAAGGCUAAACAGGAAAUUUGCCAGGAGGCAGUGACAGCGUUGCGUUUUCUGGAAACAUUUACUCGUGUUACCGAGAUCCCACGUAGUUACUUGGAACAGUACAUUCCCGAGGCAGUUUUGAACCAGUAUGACUUUUUAUCCGGAGGAAAAUCUUGACAAGAUUGGUGGUGUAUUGGUCACUAACCUUUUUCGUAGACAAGCAUAUUAUUUUCUACACAAAUUAGGCUGCUCUUGUGAUUGAAGAAUAUGUACAGCAAAAUUCAAUUUUGUAAGUAUGUACAAUGUUAUUGCAACAACGUCACGAAGACAUUCAAAUAAAACUGUGGUUUUCUAAUAUUA